GAACUGCGAGCGCACGGAAGAGCAAGCGCUUGAAAAGUGUUUUACAGCUGCUCGUGUCUCGCAUAAUCAAAACAAAGAGCAACAGUUUACAGCACCUGCUCAUGUGCGACAUUCAUCAAUAAGGGUCAAUGAGGGGGACGCUGGUCAUCAUAUUUCAGGCUCUGCUGUGGCCUGUCGUCUCAGCAUCAGCCAUGUUUACAGUCAGUUUAGAGAAGAGCGUUUAUGAAGCAGAGCUACAUGGAGACGUCAGACUAGUAUGCUUGUUCUCCAAAGUUAAAAGUCUUUCCGACCUCGCUGUCAUGUGGAGCCGCGUCGAGCCGAAGCCAGACGUGAACCUGUAUUGGCUGGAGAGAGGCAAAGAGAUUCACAAUUACACCAAUACUGCGUUCAUAAAGCGCGCACAUCUCAUCCAUGAACAGCUAAAUCAAAACAGAGCAGUGCUGCACUUGAAAAAGCUCCGGGUAAAAGAUUCCGGCACAUACCGGUGUAUUGUUAAAGAGGGAGAUGAUGGAGACUACAAGCAAGUCACGCUCAAUGUUACAGCUCCUUAUACUCUCAUCAAGAAAACCGUCAUAAAGAAGGGUCAGGAUGAGGUUGAGCUCUCCUGUGAGUCUCAGGGAUUCCCGUCAGCACAGGUUAUCUGGAGUGAUGGUCAAAACGCAAACCUCACGGAUAUGUCCAACAGCACAACACAAUCUACAGAUGAAGAUCUCAUUCACAUCAUCAGCAAGCUGACAGUGAAACGAGACCUUGUGAACAACUACACCUGUUCUUUUCUCAUGAAGGGUGAAAUCCAGCAGACGGCCACAUUUAGACUCCCAGAUGAAAUCCUUCCUCACUGUUCGGCUCAGUAUGUGUGGAUUGUUGCUGUGGUCGUUGUGCUUUUAGCCAUUGUCUUCAUCUCGGUCAUUCUGCAUAGGAGAAAAAACGGUCAGAAGAACAGACGAAAUGAAUCAUCUAAAUGUGCUUUCCUGUUCCCACACUCUGCCAAAACUGAUUCUUUACUGAACGUGAACGAGAAUGUGAUGCAAACAUGUGACAUAAAUUCUGAAGAAACCGCAGAAAAACCUCCAUCUCUGAGGAACAUGCUUAUACAACAGUAUUUACACCUCUGCACAAAUACUGAGAUAAAUAGCAGACUUGCUUCAUAUGCACUUCUUAGCAAAGAAGGCCAAUCUCUAAACAUCAGCUCUAUCCUGCCUGAUAAGAAAGAAAUUAUCCUUCUGCUUGGAGAACCAGACAGCGGGAAAACCAGCCUGGCCCAAAUCCUGUCAUCUUGCUGGGCUGAAAGUACCACAACAGACCCCUUCAACAUUCACCGACUCCAUCUGGUUUUCCAGGUGGACUGUAGCCGAGCAAAAGGAGACUUUUUCCAGGUGAUAAAGUCCAGUGUUUCUUAUGAAAAACCACUUGACAUGUCUGAGCUCAGAGAGGCGCUUCUGGGCACGACGGACUGUUUGCUCAUCCUGGAUGGAUACCUGGAAGGAAACAAGGAACUGGACGAAACACUCGAAUGGUUUCUAACGGAGCGGCAGACGUGCCGGGUGUUAGUCACGUCACAUCCAGGAAAAUGCCCAGCUCUGGAGAAAAGCGUCAGGACAGUAUUGCACCUCACUCAAAAACCGGAAGAACCCGGAUCAUGAAAUCGGAUGCAUUUCAUAUUUGCACAGACUAUGAUUUUGCAAUUUCAUGUUACAGCAAUGUGCAAAUUGCUGGUGGACCUGCCUUUCAUUUCUUAGGAAUUUUUUAUAAUCCGACUUUUGGUAAAGAGGACUCAUCUGGCAGGAGAUCAAACCAUUUCGCAAUACUUGAAUUCAGUUGUAUUUUUUUAAAGACCAAGUAUAGGAAAAGAGAAAUGAGAUCAUGGUUAAUAAACCAUAUUUCUGCCAACACUGAAAAAAAACUGUUUGCGCUCUGAAAUCGAUAGCAAGAAACUGUGAGCAAAAGCUGAAAUAGCAUAUUCUUGCAAAAUGUUUUGUAUGCAGAAUAACGUGUACUUCUUAUCAGUCGACAAUGCAUGUGGUUUAACUGUUACAGGAAUAAACGCAGGUCUGAUUUAUUUGUUUUCAGCGAAAUAGUUACAAACUAACCAUAACUGCUGUUUUAUCUGACAGAUCAUUAACGUAAAGACUGACUGUGUGAAAAGCAACUUCUCUUUUUACAGUGACUUCGAACUUUUUGUAACAACGGAUGCACUUUCGUUUUGUUUAUUGGUGUAUAAUGUGAUGAUUUUGAUAAAAGAACAAAAAAAUGAAAGUGAAAACUUUUGUUUGGUCAUUUUAGACUCUCUCAGAAGCAUUCGGGCAGCUCGUUUUGACGUGUUUGAUGGAUGCG